AUGACGGAACUCAUUGGAAAGACACCACUUGUUUAUUUAAAUCAUGUUGUUGAGAAAGCGGAUGCAAGAAUUGCAGUCAAAUGUGAGUUUAUGGAACCAUGUGCAUCGGUAAAAGAUCGUAUUGGUCUCAGUAUGAUCAAGGAUGGUGAGAAAUCUGGUCGCCUUACGAAAGACCAUCAUAUUAUUGAACCUACUAGUGGUAAUACCGGUAUUGGUCUUGCUUUUGCUGCUGCUGUCCAUGGAUACAAACUGACGUUAGUGAUGCCUGAUACCAUGUCCAUGGAACGUCGUAUUUUGCUCAAAGCAUUUGGUUGUAAGGUUGUAUUAACUCCUGGAGCAAAAGGAAUGACAGGAGCGAUGGCGAAAGCCGACGAGCUCGUCAAGAAAGAAUCGGGAAAAGCUCUAACACUUGGUCAAUUUGAAAAUCCAGCAAAUCCACAAAUUCACUUUGAUACGACAGGUCCUGAAAUUUGGAAUGAUACGGAUGGACAGGUGGAUAUUUUUGUCUCUGGGGUUGGCACGGGUGGCACGUUGACGGGUACAGCUCGUUAUCUAAAGCCCAAGAAGCCUAGCAUCCAAAUUAUUGCCGUCGAACCAGAGGAGAGUCCCGUGCUAUCUGGUGGCAAUCCUGCACCCCAUAAGAUCCAGGGCAUUGGUGCUGGAUUUGUGCCAUCAGUGCUGGAACGCGACUUGAUUGAUGAAGUUAUUACGACCAGUGGCUCGGAUGCUUUUGCCAUGGCCAAGCGGUUGGCACUAAAAGAAGGAAUUCUCGUGGGUCCGUCGUCGGGUGCUGCGGUGGUGGCGAGUCUAAAACUUGCGAAACGUCCAGAGAACAAGAACAAGCUCAUUGUGACCAUUUUGCCCAGCUUUGGUGAACGGUAUCUGUCGUCACCAAUGUUUGAAAAGGAGCGCGAAUUUGCUGCCAAUCUUCUGACGUCGGAGCUGCCGUAA